UAACCUUGUCAUUUCAAGUUUAAACUUAGAAAUUAAGUAGCCGCCCAACCGCUAUCAUCUAGGUCAAUAACUCGCUUUUCCUUUUCCCAAUUCAAUUCAGUUUCAACUCAGUUUGACUCAGUUUGAGGUGAGAUUUUGAGCACAACACAUCAGAAUUUAAAUCAACAAUGAAUACUCAAAAUUACGCAAUUCACGCUUCUUUCGCAAUUGCAAUCGGAGUAGCAACUUAUUACAUAUUUUCAUCACUUAAAAAGAGGAAAUUGCCGAAAAAAUGGGUUAAAGUGGGAAAUGUGGAAAAAUUGUUUAUUUAUCCACUAAAAAGUGCGAAAAGAGUCGAGAUACAAAAAGCCAACACCACACUCGGCGGAUUAAUCACGUUGGAAGAGAACGGAAUUCAAUUACGAGAUAGAUCCUUUAUUGUUUAUUCGCAAUCAAAUAACGAGAUGAAAACAGCCCGAACUUACCCGACGUUAUUAAAAAUAGAAUGUUCCCCACAUGAUAAAGAUCACGUGGUUUUCGACGCUCCAGAUCAUCGUCCUCUUUACGUUAAAAUCCCAUCAAAAUCAACAACUAAAACAUCUUUUAUAACUCUCCAUGCUGGUGAACCAAUCGAGACUUUAGAUUGCGGUGAAGAAGCUGCGCAAUGGAUAUCUCGUUAUUUAGAAAAACCCGAAAGUCGAAUCGGGUACCACGACGGCGAUUACAAAAGAGAAAUCAAAAAAAUUGAUAAAAUUUUGCGAGGUUAUAAAGAAUUAAAGAACGCUUCUUUGGGGUUAUACUCCGAUCUUUCCGGGUAUCAUUUAAUCAAUCAAUCAUCAAUUGAUAGAUUAAACUCUGAAUUAGAAGAACCGAUUACCGCGAAUAAUUACAGGCCCAACUUUUUGGUAAAAGGGACCGCCCCGGCUUUUUCCGAAGAAAAAUGGAGUUUGAUUAAAAUUGGAGAUGCGAUUUUUGAGAAUGUUAAACCUUGCACUCGCUGCGUUUUAACCACUAUUAAUCCAGAAACGGCUGAGAGAUCUCAAACGAGGCAACCGUUAAAGACUUUGGAAGCGCUUAAUUUUCUUAAAAAACCCGAACAUAUCGCUUGUGAAGGAAAAGCGCCAGUUAUGGGUAUUAAUUUGGGUUUGAUUCAAAAUGGGUUAGUAAAUGUCGGUGAUACCGUUUAUAUUCCUGAAAAUGAAUUGUAAAUAAUAAAAUUGGUUUGUUAAAAAUGUUUUCAUACAUCCAA